UUCAGGAGGGAACUACAGUUCAGGAGGGAACUACAAGGACAGGAGAGAACUACAAGGACAGGAAAAGGACUAUGGCAAGCAUUCCCCCCUCCUUGGUGGUUUGGCUGCUGCUGAUGUUGGUGCUUCAAGGUGCUGCUAGAGUAGAAGCAGCCUGCGGGCAGCCUGUGAUCGUUCCACGGAUUGUUGGAGGGCACGCAGCUGCUGAAGGGUCAUGGCCCUGGCAAGCCAGCAUUUUACAGGAUAACAGUCACAUUUGUGGAGGCUCCCUCAUCAACCCCAACUGGAUAGUAUCUGCAGCUCACUGCUUCUCUUCUGCUGGAACACUGUAUGAAGUACAGUUGGGUGCUUAUAAACUCCUGGACCCUUCUCCCAAUAUGGUGACAUCCACCGUUAAACGUGUCAUCUCCCAUCCUGACUACAGUGGCGACGGUUCCAGUGGGGACAUUGCUUUAGUGGAGCUGAAUUCCCCAGUGCAUUUCACUGACUACAUCCUUCCCGUCUGCUUGCCAGCAUCCUCUGCUAAGUUUGUUGCAGGCACAGAAUGUUGGGUCACUGGGUGGGGACAUACUAUGUCUUCAGAAGACUUGGCACCCCCAAAAAUCCUUCAGGCAGUGGAAGUACCAAUCAUAGAACGUGAUACCUGCAAUGAUCUCUAUAAUAGAAGCAGAAACUAUCAGUUAGAAACUGAUCUCGUCAAAGCUGACAUGAUCUGUGCUGGGUAUGAAGAAGGUGGAAAGGAUGCCUGUCAGGGUGAUUCCGGAGGGCCCUUAGUUUGCAACUCUGGUGGAGCUUGGACACUGGCUGGGGUGGUGAGUUGGGGGGAAGGCUGUGCUGAACCUGACCAACCUGGCGUGUAUAUAUCAGUGCCUUUCUACGUAGAUUGGAUCAAUAAGAAUAUAAAUAGUGGUGGACUUUCAAACUUCCCCAAGGUGACUCUUCUUUUGCUGACUUUUGCCCUGGCCCUUCUAUGAAAUAUCCACCUUCAGUCAUUCCAGACAUGAAAUUUGUACCAGCAACUGCAAGACCUUCAGCUGGCAAUCCUCUCCUAACAAACAAGUCCAUUAAGACCCAAUUCGCAGAUUCAGCAUCAAUCUGGGUGACAGAAUCCACUAAGAUCAAAACAUAACUGCCUGUCCCCAGGCAUCCUUGGAUGGACUAGCCCUACAAUAUCCACUUCCAGCCUCUGGAACAAGAACAUCUUAUAGUUCUCCUUGGGGAACUAAUUUAUUUGAGAACUCUUUAUAGCUUUUUAAAAUGUGUAUAAACCACACAAAGCACUGUUCUUACAUUAGUGGUCACUAUAUACCCAAUAAUAUAAUUUCAUGAUCUAAGUAGUCAGAUCAAUGCUUAAGCUAUUAUGCCCUUAAAUGUUUAUGGAUAAUUUGUUUUUCUUUUUGGUUACAUAUUGCUGAUUUCCCUGCUGCCCCUUUUAUUUACUCAGUCUGGCACAGCCAGUCUUGUAUACACUUUGAAUGCAAAUACGUAAAAGAAAUUUUCAAAUUUCAAGAGACAAACUAAUAACCAUUAUUUCUCAGGGCCACAGGUACAUGAAGCUGGAAACUCGGGUAACUGAAAUAUGUUAUACGUGGUAUAGCAAAAGUCGGGCCAUA